CUAAGCCAGUGUUAUAUUCUCUUCUGCGAAAUAGGGUUUUUGCUUUAGAGAAGCUAUCCUCGUUGAGUUCUGCGUCCUUGGUAACCCUAAGUCAUGGCGGAACAGACAGAGAAGGCGUUUUUGAAGCAGCCAGGUGUUUUUCUAAGCUCUAAGAAGACCGGUAAGGGAAAGAGACCAGGAAAGGGAGGAAAUCGAUACUUUAAGAGUAUCGGUUUAGGAUUCAAGACUCCUCGUGAGGCUACUGAAGGUACAUAUAUUGACAAGAAAUGCCCAUUCACUGGCAAUGUUUCUAUCCGAGGCCGUAUCCUUGCUGGUACAUGCCACAGUGCUAAGAUGAACAGAACCAUCAUUGUUCGACGCAAUUACCUACAUUAUGUCAAGAAGUAUCAGAGAUACGAGAAGAGGCACUCCAAUAUUCCAGCUCACAUAUCACCAUGCUUCCGUGUGAAAGAGGGAGAUCAUGUUACUAUUGGACAGUGCAGGCCUUUAUCCAAAACCGUGAGGUUCAAUGUCUUGAAGGUGAUUCCAGCUGGUGCUGGUGGUGGUGGGAAAAAAGCUUUUACCGGAAUGUGAGCUUGGUGCCUCCAUUUUUGUUGUUACUUCUAGGAAUGAAAUCCAUACUUCUAUGCUGUUACUGGAUUGUUGUCUUCAUUGAUUUUCCUUUGAGCUUCAAAUUUUGAAACUUACUGCUAGCAGCAAGUUUUACCCCCUCUUAAGCCUAUGGAUCUAUUGGUUCUUUGCCACAGUCGAAAACUUUAAUAUCAGCAGAUUCUCAAUGUUCUAUAAAUUAGUGCAAAAGUUGCUACGCUUGUGAUA